UCUCUCUAGUUUUGUCUUUGCGAGUGGGUUCAGUCCCAGUGUGGUUUUGUGGCAUAACUAAAGCUGUGACAGCUGUCCUCUUCUCACUUUUUCUGUUCACGCACUGAAAGUAACAGCUAAUGACAUCUAAAGCAUUCUGUUGUGGGGAUGCCUGUCGCUCUCCUAAACUUGAGUUUCUUUCUGUUGGUGUUGAAUAUAGAGUCUGCAGUCUCUGUCUGUGACAUCAGAGUGCAUACGAUCAAUUUCGGAUGCCAUCUUGAGUGGGAUUGCCCCGAUGCCGACCCUAAAACAACUUACACUGUCUGGAGCAAGCACGGUACAUCAUGGGUAAAUGUUUCAGGCUGCAUCCAGAUUUCCCAGCAAAGCUGUAAUCUGUCAGAAGUCUUUCCUACCUUAGACAUCUACAACUUCAUCAGACUAACAUCUGAGCUUCUCUGGCUGAAUGAAACUCUGUAUUGCACCCCUGUAAAUGACGCUGCUGCCAAAUUCAGCCCACCCUCCAUAACAAACUCCAUGGCCAAUGGAAGUCUAUGGGUGACAGUACAUUUUCCUUGUGCUCCAUCCAUAAGCUGCACUUUUGAAGGUGAAAAUGAAUAUUAUGAGGAAGAGGAAGAGAUGGGAUGCCCCUGUCUUGUAACUGAUGUUGUUAAACGUCUCUGGGCAACAGUCACUCUAUACAAUGAACAGAAUCUCUCAGACAAACAGGCACACACUGCUGAAGUGAUGCAUACCCCAUUCAAGGUGGAAUUUGGUUUUCUUACACCAGGGCAGGUGUACUGUGCUGUGGCCAACUUCACAUUUGAGGGUGUGCUGGUGCCUUCUCCCCCAAGCAUCCCCCAGUGUGUUUACAUACCAGCAAAUAACGAAAGCCUUAUCGUUGUGAUUGUGUGUGCUGUUCUCAUCACUCUUGGCUUAGUAUUUCUUCUGUUCUGGAGACAGUGUGCAUCUUCUGAACGUCCCCUGCCCAGAUCUUUGGCUUUACUUCGAGACCUAGAACUUCAGAACGAGACUUUUGCUGACUCCAGUAAAGCUGCACCACACAACGAGAGCUCUGAGGGUGACCAUGUUUCUGUUGUUUCCUUCUCUGACUUCACACUUACAGACAAGCAGUCUUCUUACUACAACACCCAAAGUCUGGGCUACGGCUAUUACACAAGCCCCAUCCUGCACAAUCCAGACUGCACUGAGGAGUCUGCGCAGUCUGAAGAGUUGAGCACAGAAGUCCAACAUGAAAAGUUCUAUCUGUUACCAUCACAUCCAAUUCUAGAAACAGAGGUGGGAUUUCCAUAUCAGAACCAGAACCGUUUACUGUCCCCCGGAGACAUCCCUCUGAGCUCGGUGCGAGUUGAACACACUCAGCAGGACGAGACAUCAACUGAAGACCCAGAGCGGUCUGAAGAUGUCAUGUGUGGAAAAAAUAUGAGACCAAUAGAAGACAUCCAAACAAAUUGAAACUACUGAUGUUUUUUUUUUUUUUUUUUUUUUUUAAAGGUUUAAUAUAAUGUUUUUUUAGACUCAAGACAGAUUUGUUCUGUGUACAGUUUUUAAUACAUGCUUUUUUUUGGUGCUAUUAAUUUGCAACAAUGUGAUUCUGUCCUUUUGCCCACUAACUAUUGACAUAGCUGUGAAAGGAAAAGUAGCGACAGAUCUUUUCUUCUGUAUUGUGAUGUACAUCCGAGUGUACUGUAACUGCAUACUGAAAAAAAAGGACAAGCACUUGAUUUUAUUUAUUGUUGUUUGGAAAUGGAGGCAGAUGAACAUGAGUUUUGCAGGAUAAGAGACAUUUUCAUUUUCACCUUAGGUGCAGUUAUGACAAAUUUAUUCUUAUAUUCAUAUAUUAUGAUUUUUUUUUAAAGAAGCACAUACGGAUGAUUCAUUCACAAGAAGAUCUAUUACAUGCCUCUGAAAAAUAGAAAGGGUGAUUUUAAAUUUCAUCCUGACUUUAAAAUGUCAUGCUGUUAAUUAUAUAGUAUUAUAUGAUAUUAUUAUAUUUUAUAUAUGUCAUGCUGUCUUAUUUCCUCCAUCUUGGUCUGGAUGCCUUAGGCUGGGUUAUAUUGAGUUCAGCAUGUAUUCCCUUUAUUUUAGGGUGAAUCGUGUCACAUCAUGCACGUUCCUCAUGCAUGUGUGCAUCAAUGGUCAAAUGUCACUGACCUGAACCUAGCAGUCAUUAUUAUUAUUGCCCUUCACGGUUUAUUUGGGAUCCCCCCAUAAGCCAGUGACUCAGAGCACUAUAAAUCCUUAAGCAGUCCCUAUGAGGAGCAUUGCUAUUUUCGGGUAACUGUAUGCUUUCUGUAUGGCUUGAUUCAUUGUUUGAAUUUUUUUUUUUUUUACUUCUGACUCAGAGUUUCCCUAUUUUGACUCACAU